AGUAUAAAGAUGGUAACAGGGAAGGAUUCAGGGUUUCAGAUGAAGGGACAAUUGGCCAAGGAAGUCAGCUUUUCAGAGCUCAGCAGCAGAUCAGACGUAAAUUUGUUAAAGAUGGCGUGGAACAUCAGUGGCCUAAUGGGAAUGUGCAGAUUUCUUCUCUUAGUGAUUUUUUUUCCGCCCUGUGAGGUGACAAGUUCUGUUUUAACUGUGAACGAUAGAACUGAGAACUAUAUUCUGGACACUUGGCUUGGCUCCCAAGAAUCUCUGAAAUGUGCCGUUCAAAACCACACCAGGGAGGAAGAACUUCUCUGGUACCGAGAAGAGGGGACAGUGGACUUGAAAUCUGGAAACAAAAUCAACUCCAGCUCUGUCUGUGUCUCUUCCAUCAGUGAAAAUGACAACGGAGUCACCUUUACCUGCAAGCUGCAGAGCGACCAGUCGGUGUCCGUCUCGGUGGUGCUGAAUGUCAUUUUUCCCCCUAUUCUAAGUGGAGAUGACUUCCAAGCAGUUGAGGAAGGCAGUGAUGUGAAGUUGGUUUGCAGUGUGAAAUCCAACCCCCAGGCUCAAAUGAUGUGGUACAGAAACAGCAACAUCCUGAAUUUAGAGAAAACUUACCAAGUCCAUCAGACAAGUGAGUCUCUUCAACUGUCAAUCACCAAAGUCAGGAAAUCUGACAAUGGAACCUACAGCUGUGUUGCAAAUUCAUCUCUGCAAAUGGAGACCAAGGACUUUCAUCUUAUCGUCAAAGAUAGAACUGUGGCUGUACCAAUAGAACCCAUUAUUGCUGCAUGUACUGUGGUCUUUCUGACAGUGUGCUUUGGCCUGAUUGCUAGAAGAAAAAGAAUAAUGAAGCUGUGCAUAAAGAAUGAAGAUCCUCAAAGAGACACAGCUUUAUGAGCAAGCUGAGAUGCGAUCUCACAUACCAAGAGUUUUGCAUCAGGACUUCCUUGAUUUAUGUAGUCCCAUCUGUAUUUAUUGCUAUUAUUAAAUUCACUCCUGUCAAGUUGUCAGAGGUUAUCAAGAAGUGUUUCAUUAAGCACUGAACAGUAGUUGUUAUGACUAAUUUGAUAUCCUUGCAGAACAUUUUUAUGGAGAACGCUAUUAAGAAGGAAAAGUAAGAUUCUGUUAAGUCUUCUCCUUGAAGGGUAUGUUAAUUAAUGGAGGUUUGUUCCAAAAAGGUUGGUCACUGUUUACCAUUGAGUCUGUAUUUUUCUAGGUAGGAGAUGAACAGAUAUUUGGGUUUCACGAAUCAGUGCCAUACCAAAAUGAAAAGGGGAGCUGAACCUAGAGUAAUCAAUUUCUAAGUUGCCAAGGAAGCACAUAAAUAAUGUCAAUUAUCAUGCAUAUUCACUGUUGUCUCAUAAAAGAAAUGUUUUAGGACUAAAAAAAGGACGGAUAUAAUCUCAGAAUAUAAGGCAUUCCUUUCAACAGAAUAAA